AUGAGGAGAUCUCUGUGCUCACUUACGAGCCUCAUCCUUAUUUCGCAGCUCUGUACGGCGAGUCGUUACCCAGAAAUGCAAUAUGACCCCAACACAACCAAAGAUUGCAUCGAAUGGUACAACAACAACGGCGACAAAAGCUGCUACGAAACCAGAAGAUUCUUCGAACUCACCGCCGAGGAAUUCGCCCAAUGGAAUCCCACAGUCGGCCUAGACUGCAAAACGUGGAUUUGGGCAUCCUACUGUGUCAUGACCCAACAAAAACUGAACAUGAUGAGUUCUGUGCCGAUUUUCCCCAGCAAAACGACACAAAUCAGCAACAGCACAUCAGCUUCAUCGACUCUUGGGCCCUCUCCAACCGCCUGGGGAUAUCUUGGCUGCUACGCUGAUAGUCUGGAGCGCCCAGUCCUGGAGAGAAGGGUUAGUCAGGCUGCUGGUGAUCCGUUCCUUACAGUCUCUUCGUGCGAGGACAGCUGCUACCGGCUUGAUUUUCGAAUAUCUGGUGUCAAGGCGGGGAAUCAGUGUUGGUGCAGUGGUACUGUGUCGGGUCAAUGGACAAAGAAUGAGACUGAGUGCAAUAUGAGUUGCGCUGGGGAUAAUGCCCAGAUUUGCGGUGGCGUGAAUUGCCUCAAUGUUUUUAAAGCAGCCUUUCCUGAAACAAGUACUAGGAUAGAGUCUACUCGCACGGAUGAGGGUAAGGUCGCUCAGACAAGUCAGUCUGAGUCGGGGGCAAGGAGAAAUAUGGCCCUCUUUUGGGGACGGGUUUGGUAA